GCUUUCUUGAUUACUGGGGGCUUUCUCAGUUGAGAUGAGGAAACCUUUUUACUGUUGAUCAUAAGUUUGCACUAUUAACCCUUUAGAUAGGCCUGUGCAAAAAAAGUGUCUGGCUUUUAUAUGAAGUUCUAUUGAGUAUAACAACUCAUAGUGUGCGUGCAUUAAUACUUACAGAGUUUUGGUAGAUUCAGUGUUAAAUCAUAGAUUCCACAUAUAGAAGUUUGAGUUGACAGAUCUUCAGAUUGUCUGUAAAUCUGUUGAGUAACAUGAUUUGGUCUUUGUCUCCAGCAGGAUGAAGCAUUUGUGAAUCAGAUGCCUCAUCAGAACCAGCAGCAUGUGGAGGUUGUAGCCAGUAGGGAACAAAAUCGGAUCCCUGAACCACAACCUGAGGAGCAGCAACAGAAUGAACCUGAGAGACCUCAGCAGAGAGACUUAAUAAUAAAUGGAAGAGUCCGUGGGGUUCUGCGUGGUCUUCAGUCUGCUCGUCCUCUCAGAAGAAUGAGAGAACAGCAGGAUGAAGCAUUUGUGAAUCAGAUGCCUCAUCAAAACCAGCAGCAUGUGGAGGUUGUAGCCAGUAGGGGACAAAAUCGGAUCCCUGAACCACAACCUGAGGAGCAGCAACAGAAUGAACCUGAGAGACCUCAGCAGAGAGAUUUAGUAAUAAAUGGAAGAGUCUGUGGGGUUCUGCGUGGUCUUCAGUCUGCUCGCCCUCUCAGAAGAAUGAGAGAACAGGUUAGUCAGUCUUUACUCAGUCUUAGAAUUAAGAAUAUGUCUACACUGAAUGUGCUUUUCCAGAAUUGUUCCCAAAAGAAAGUUGUGGUCAAAUUAAGACUCAAAAUCCCCCCAGAGAGGAUGAAAACUCCCUCAACAGCACACAAGGGUUAGAAGUGUUGUAUCUGAAACUGACAGCGAGAGAUUUUCAUGAUUAUGUCUGUUCUUCAGCAGGACGACAUUGUUAAUCUCCAGAACCCUCCUCUCCGGCAACCUCGGCCUGGUCCACCGCCUACCUACAUUCGCAGGACGGUGGUGGGCAGCAUUGGAGAUUUUGCACGCCAUUGAUGAGGAGCCUGAAAGAUCAGCCUCAAAGAUGAACAAAGAAAUCAAUAAAGAGAUUUUUAAACAGAGUUCUGGAUCUGUAUUUAUGCUUUAAAGAGCAUCUUGUCAAUGUCACAGCCUACCUGAGUAUUGUUACUGACCAUGUCCAUCUCUUUAUCACCACAGUGUAUGACCAUACGGGUGGGUUUCCUCCGGU